AUGCAGCAGCAGCAGCCGCCGAGAUCCUCCUUCAGCUGCGACCGCCACCCCGCCGAGCAGUUCACCGGCUUUUGCCCGUCCUGCCUCUGCGAGCGCCUCACCACCCUCGACCAGUCCUCCUCCAACACCCCCUCCUCCUCCCGCCGCCCCUCCUCCGCUUCCGCCGCGGCCGCCGCCGCCAUCAGGUCCCUCUUCUCCUCCAACCCCAAGCCCCCCGCACCCCCGCAGCCGCCGCCGCCUGCGGCGGCGGCGCCCAAACCCUCGAAACCCUCGUUUUUCCCCGAGCUCCGCCGCACCAAGUCCUUCUCCGCCUCGAAGAACGAAGCCCUAGGGCCCUCGUUCGAGCCGCAGAGGAAGUCCUGCGACGUGAGGGCGAGAAGCACCCUCUCGUCCCUGUUCACGAUCGACGACGGCUCUAAAACCGCCGCCGGAAACUGUAAUCAGAGCUCCACCAAACCCUCCUCCAUUCCAGCCCCUUCGAUUGCCUCAACCUCUCACCAAAACCCCCAAAUCCCCAAACCAUCCGUAGCCCAUAAACCCGUUUUCGAGGAAACCGCAAAUCAGGAGAAUUUCAAAGACCCCGUCUACUUUCAGGACCCUAUCCUUGUAUGCGAUGAUGAUUCCGACGAUGAUGGCGACGAAAUUAAACCCGUUAGAGACACCCAUUUGGAAAAUUUGAGAAAUUCGUUUGAAAAAGAACCCAAUAGCAACAACACAAUCGAAGAAGAAGAAGAAGUAGAAGACUUGAAGCCCAUGAAAGACCACAUUGACAUCAUCAACACUCAUGAGAAGAAAACCUCCGGAUUCUGGGCUGCCGCCUCCGUUUUCAGCAAGAAGUGGCGGCACAAGUGGCGGCGGAAGCAAAAGUCCAAAAAACCCCUCAUCAACGGCACCAAUUUCGCCACUUUACCCGUUGAAAAGCCCAUCUCAAGACAGUACAGAGAAACCCAAUCCGAAAUCGCCGACUAUGGCUUCGGCCGUAGAUCUUGUGACGUGGCACCGAGAUUCUCCCUCGACGCUGCUCGAGCAAGCCUCGACGACCCUCGUUACUCGUUCGACGAGCCUCGAGCCUCUUGGGACGGACACUUGAUCAUCGGCCGCAGCUUCCCGAGAAUGCAUCCUAUGGUCUCUGUCAUGGAGGACACCUCGCCCGCCGGAGCACGCCAAGUUCCGCGCUCGGAUAUGCAGAUUCCGGUGGAGGGCAAUUCGGUAAAUUGCGCCAACGAGGGCGAAAGUGUUGUUGUGCCGGGAGGUUCGAUGCAGACGAGAGAGUAUUACCUCGACUCGUCGUCCUCUCGAAGGAGAAAGAGUCUCGACAGGUCGAGCUCGAUGAGGAAAUCGGUGGUGUUGGGGUCCGAGCCCGACGAGCUUAGGUUGAUUUCUACCGAUUGCUUUCAUGGGGCUAAAGUGAUGGUGGAGGGUGAGAAUAAUAAUGAUAGUACGAAUAACUUGAGGGACUCGAGUGUAAAUUCGCAGUCUUUCUCGAGGGGGGAUGAUUGUUGUUCAGAGACUUUCGAGCUGGGUAGUGGCGUGUUUGGAGGGGAGAGUGGGAAUUCUUUUGUGGGGAGUGAGGAGAAGAAGGAGUCGAAAAAGUCGAGGAGGUGGAGUUGGAGGAUAUGGGGUUUGAGUUUCAUAAACCGGCGUAGUAAUAAUAAUAAUAGUAGUAAGGAUGAGAAAUACGGUCGGACAAAUGGUGGGGGGGUAGAAAGGUCAUUUUCCGAGUCGUGGCAUGGUUUGGGAGGGGAAAACGGAGACUUGAGGUCUCGGUCGAGUCGGAACAUUUUCCGGAGCAAUAGUAGCGUGAGCUGGCGGAAUGGGAAUCAUAAUCAUAAUCAAAUCGAUGGCUCGGGCCAUGGAUUGGGCUUGUUUGGGAGCAUGAGGAAAUCCGAGCAGGCGAAUGGGAAAAAGAAGAGGGAUGAGUUUGUUUUGGAGAAAAAUCGAAGUGCGAGGUACUCGGCUAACGAUGUUGUGGAUAACGGGCUUUUGAGGUUUUACCUGACGCCUAUGAGGAAUAGUCGGAAAGGGGGUUUCAAGCCAAAUAAUUCGCACUCGAUUGCUAGGAGCGUGCUGAGGUUGUACUAA